AUGCCCGCCCGCGCCGUGGCCCUGCUCGCCACCGCGGCCCUGGCCCUAGCGGCCGCCCCGCCCGACCCCUGCUAUGAGGACACGCGGCCCCGUCGGUGCAUUCCUGACUUCGUCAACGCCGCCUUCGGGAACCCGGUCGUCGCUUCCUCCAUAUGCGGAAGACGAGGUCCCGAGAAACUCUGCGACCCUCCCGGCGACCAGAACCCUGAGAACUCGUGCAGGGUCUGUGAUGCCAGUCGCCAAGAUAAACGGAAUCCCCCCGCUCACUUGACCGAUCUGAACAAUCCUCACGACGUGACCUGCUGGAGAUCAGCCGCUCUUCCUCCCGCUUCCUACGACUCACCUCCCGAUAACGUUUCCCUCACUCUGUCCCUGGGCAAGAAGUACGAGCUGACCUAUGUCAGCUUGCAGUUCUGUCCGAAAGCAGCGAGACCCGACUCCGUGGCCAUCUACAAGAGCGCCGACUAUGGUGUCACUUGGCAACCAUUUCAAUUCUAUUCGAGCCAAUGUAGACGAGUGUACGGACGGCCGAAUAAAGCCACCGUGACCGCCGCUAAUGAACAAGAAGCAAGAUGCUCCGAUUCCCAUAGAUUGGCCGGCGAGAGUUCAGGGGGUGCGAGGCUGGCGUUCAGUACAUUGGAGGGUCGCCCCAGCGCCGCUAACUUUGACAUAUCUCCGGUACUACAAGACUGGGUGACGGCCACCGAUGUGAGAGUCGUGUUCAACCGACUGCACAUGGUGAACGAGGGUGACGAGGUGGACAGUAAGAAGCAGGCGGUUGCCGGGAGCCAGCACUACGCGGUCUCCGACUUCGCUGUCGGCGGGAGGUGCAAGUGCAACGGACACGCGUCCAGGUGCAUCCCGUCCAAGGACGAGGGUCAAGGGACACAGCUGGCCUGCGACUGUAAACACAACACCGCCGGAAGAGACUGCGAGAGAUGCAAGCCCUUCCACUUCGACCGGCCGUGGGGGCGAGCGACGGCCCGCGACGCUAACGAAUGCAAAGAAUGCAACUGCAAUGGUCACGCUCGUCGUUGCCGCUUCAACAUGGAACUGUACAAGCUAUCAGGUCGAGCGAGUGGUGGGGUCUGUCUCAAGUGUCGACAUUACACAGCGGGCCGGCACUGUCACUACUGUCGCGAGGGGUACUACAGGGACCCCACUAAACCCAUCACUCACAAGAAGGCUUGCAAACCUUGUGACUGUCACCCGGUGGGCGCGAGCGGUAAGACCUGUAACCAGACGAGUGGCCAGUGUCCCUGUAAGGAUGGAGUCACAGGAACUACCUGCAACCGAUGUGCGAAGGGCUACCAGCAGUCUAGGAGCCAUAUUGCACCUUGCAUACGUAUACCUCGCGUGGUGACAGCGGUACAAGCUAUGGAGGCGGUGGACGCGGAGCCCGGCCGCGCGGAGCAGUGCGGGCGAUGCCGCGCCGGCGCACGCACGCUAAAUCUGAACAAGUUCUGCAGCCGAGACUACGUCAUAAUGGGUCGGGUGACUGGUCGCGAGGGGGGCGGCGGAGGCUGGGCCCGCCUGGCUCUGUCCGUUCAGGCCGUGUACAAGCGAGGUCCGCGAAGCCGUCUGCGCCGCGGAGGCCUACCUCUCUACGUGCGCGCCGGAGACCUGGCCUGCAGGUGCCCCAAGAUCAAGAUCAAUAAGUCCUAUUUAAUCCUAGGAGUGGAAAAAGAAGGUGCAUCGUCUGGUUUGCCGGGACUGACGGUAGGGGAUAGAACAUUAAUACUAGAAUGGCGAGACGAUUGGCACAGACGCAUCCGACGCCUACAGCGGCGAGCGAUCAACUGUCAUUAG